AUGUCUGGCGGCGGACGCAUUGGCUUCGACGCCCCCUACAUGCCUCGAGGCUGCGACAUGCGAUGGUUCUCCACCGAAGAGAUCUGUGAAAUUUUAUCCCGGUUCGAGAACGUCAUCAUCAUCGGUGACAGCAUGAUGAGACACGUCAUAGGUAGCAUCAACGUGUUGAUCAGGAAGGAUUUAGGAUAUGGGGCCGUGACUGAUUGGAAUUUUUCGCCGGAGGAAAGGUUUGCUCUUGCUGCAGGUAUCAAAUUACAAGGGUUACGCGACUGUUUCUGCAAUUACCAAUUCAACGUCAAGGCUUGCUCGAUCCAAGGUAUCUUCAAGACUGCCGACGUCGUAAAGAACGACCCAGAUAGCGUCGUCUGCCCGCCCAACACCAUCGAGGUGAUGAUUGAGCAAAUGAUCAAAUUCCCUAUCCCGCCCGAGGAACUGUCCCGCUUGCAUGACCUACUUCCUGCUACAAAGCCCAAGCGCCCUUACGCUUUCAUCUUUGGCCACGGUCUCUGGAAUGAUCUGGACUUACAAGCCACGCUCUAUUGGCUUGAUUUAAUUCUAGACAACAUUAAGGAGAAAGCUCACUGGCUUGCUCCUAGCUCUGGUUCCCAGUCAGCCAAAGCAGGCGAGGGCAAAAGAUAUGAAAGAAAGCGUGAUAAAACUUUCUUUCCGAAAUUGUUCUUGACACCAAAUGCGUCAGGGCGGGAAAAGCCGGAUGAGUGGUUGGUGAGUCAAGGGAACAAGGCACUGAUGAUUUUUGAAGAGAGUGUGGGGAUUGAAGUGGAGAGGAGAGGAGUGGAACAUCUGGGAACCUGGAACAUGAGUGCGCAGAGUAAUAAGUUCGAUGGAGUGUGA